AUGAAGUUCGGCAAGAAAUUGAAACACCAAAUCGAGCAGAGCUCGCCCGAAUGGCGCGAAAAGUUUCUAACUUAUAAGGAAUUGAAAAAGCUCGUGAAAUCAAUCUCCACGGGCUCGGGUACCUUAAACAAGUCAUCCGACUAUGUGGAGGCAGAGACGAUCAAUGCAGAGGCCAAGUUCACGUGCCUUUUGAACCACGAGAUCGAAAAAUUCAAUGCCUUCUUUGUGGAACAAGAAGAGGACUUCAUCAUUCGGCAUAAGGUCAGUGUAUCUUCUUUUCGUCUCGUCAAGUACCAAAAAUAG